AUGCCCUUAACUGCUCAGAGGAUCCAAGAAGCUACAGAGAUGUCUACUGAGCUUCCUGCAACAACAGUGGUGGCAGAAAUGGACCUUUUCACAGCCUCUGAGACCAACAUUUCCACCUGUGACUUAUACGAGCACAAAGACACAGCACGGAUAUUAUUGUCUGUCUUCUACGGCUCCAUCUUGAUCCUUGGGUUGCUUGGAAACACCAUUGCCCUCACCGUCAUCUUUAAAAACAGGAAGAAGAUCAACUCCACUACCCUGUAUUCAACAAACCUCGUCUUCUCUGACCUGCUCUUCUGCAUUGCCUUGCCAACCAGGAUCGCCUACUAUGGCAUGGGCUUCCACUGGCCCUUCGGAGAGGCGCUGUGCCGAAUCACCGCGCUCCUGUUCUACAUCAACACCUACGCAGGCGUCAACUUCAUGACGUGCCUGAGCAUCGACAGGUUCUUCGCUGUCGUCCACCCCUUCCGAUACAAGAUCAGAAGGAUUAAAUAUGCCAAGGGCAUCUGUGUCUUUGUCUGGUUUCUUGUAUUCAGUCAAACUUUCCCAUUACUUAUACAAUCCAUGUCACAGAAAGAAAAUGAAAGGACUACAUGUAUGGAAUAUCCAAACUUUGAGAAAAUAGAACAUCUACCACUUAUACUUCUUGCUGCCUGUUUAAUAGGGUACCUUAUUCCUCUGGGGAUUAUUCUAUUUUGCUACACUCAAAUCAGCUGCAAACUUUUUCAAACAGCCAAGGAAAAUCCACUGACUGAAAAAUCAGGGAUAAACAAAAAAGCCAUCAAUACAAUCAUAUUCGUAAUUAUAGUGUUUAUAAUCUGCUUUACUCCUUAUCAUGUUGCAAUCAUACAACACAUGAUUAAGAAACUUCAGCGAGAACCCUCGUGCAGUGAAACGAAAAUUUUCCAGAAGUCACUCCACUAUACUGUAUUUCUGAUGAAUUUUAACUGCUGCCUAGAUCCUUUCAUCUAUUUCUUUGCAUGCAAAGGAUACAAGAGAACUGUACUGAAAAUACUGCAACGACAAGUGAGUGUAUCAAUUUCAAGUGCUGCCAGGUCACAUCAUGAAGAAAGCUCCCGUGAUGCAGGAGAAACGCAAAUGACGGUACUUGCUAAAUCCCCCAAUGGAAAGCUACCUGAAAAAUAA